UUCACUGACGAGAUACCGCGAGAACAGCAGCUAGUGUUAGCAGGUUAAGCUAGGAGAGACUGAAUAAUGAUGUAAUACAUCGUUAUGAAAGAAUAAUUCUGGGAAGUUUUUUUUUCACGAGUGUUACUGUUUCUCGACAUUUAUUGUGACCGAUUUUUAAAAAACAAGAUAUUUUAAUAAAACUUACCGAGCUGAUAACGUUACAGAACGGGGACAGUGCAACCAUGGCAGCGGUGCAGUCCGUCCUGGCGUUUGCAGUGUGCGUCCUCAUGAUAACGGAGCUGAUUUUAGCCAAGAAGGACUACUAUGAUAUCCUGGGGGUGCCCAAGGGCGCCACGGAGCGCCACAUAAAGAAGGCUUUCCACAGGCUGGCGAGGAAGUUUCACCCCGAUAAGAACAAGAGCCCUGAUGCUGAAGUGAGAUUCAGAGAGAUCGCUGAAGCUUAUGAAGUUUUGUCCGACGAGAGCAGAAGAAGAAGGUACGAUCAGUUCGGCGACGGUGUGCACUUCGCCGGCGGAGACGCGCAGGACGGUCAGCCAAGGCCGGCCGGCCAGCAGCCGUUCACCUUCACCUUCGACGACAUGUUUAAGGACUUCGACAUCUACAGCCAAAACAGACACUCUCGCCACAGGAGACACUUUGAAGAACACCCCAGGCCCCACAAGGAGUCCCACAGCAGACACAGGAGACACUUCGGGGCGGGGGUCCUGGACGACAUGUUCGACGACAUCGAUAGGAUGUUUGCUUUCGACAGGCACGGCAAACAGACUGAGAGCAGGUUCCACGGUGCGACCAAGCAGCACUGCAGAACCGUAACGCAGCGCAGGGGAAACAUGGUGACCACUUACACGGACUGCACCGUGUCGUCCAACAAUUUAUGACUGACCGUGUUGACAGUGUUAUUCGGCUCAAAGUAGGUAGCGAGAGAGCAUUCCUUUUGGAGAUCGCUUUACUCCGAAUCCAAAUAAGCUUUAUUGUGACUGAAUGUAGGGAGUUGUGCUGACUCUGUAAGCUGAAAGAAAGUAUUUUUGGGGUUCUCUUAAAGCACUUUUUUAGUUUUGAAAUGUCAAAACUAAUGCAAUUGCUCAUUAAGUCACAUGGAUUCAUGUGUCUCGGCACAUUCCCUUUAAUGUGGGAUCUGCUUUGUCUUCCUUUACAACUGAAGGAAGACACGUUAGCAGUCUGGAUCAAUUGAAGCUUUUCAAACGGAGAGCAGGGACCGCAGUGACCUGGCUUCCUCCACGUGUUUCUGCGUUUGUUCUACACUCUCCCCAAACACUCGUCCCCUGUAUCGUGCCGGUAAUGUUCUCUUACACGUUCGCACCGUUAUAUGUGUGGUCAAUCCCUCAGUGCAGCGCCGUACGAACAUCUGCGAGACAAAACAGUCUAUAGCGUCACAGCUAUGUUUGUAGUUCAGAUUUUACAAGAAGGUCAAACUACACAGACCACAAUUCAAUUUUAUUUAUUUAUUUUUUACUUUAUUCUUUCCAUCAGCCAGAGCUACCGAGAGCCUGUUUGAGUCAGGGGAAAUGUUUUUGAAAACCUGGAAAGGAUGUUACGAGCUGCAAAGCGUAACCUUGGCAACCACGAGGCCCGGAUAAGUUCUGGGCACCAUCAUCUCCAGCUUGUGCUUCAGACUCUUAGAUCAUCUCUUCCCCUGUUAGUGCCACUGUGUCGUAAAUGUUUAUUUAUUUUUUUCAUACGUUGGUUUGUCACUGUACAAUAUCUGUAGUGAAUAAAUGAUAUGACAAAAGCUCUACCCAUUUGUUGAUUAAUAGUGACAAGGUGCUGGCCGACUGAGUCCUUGAUAAUUGGCCAAUUAACUGUAAUUACAGCAUUUUACUGUAGAGGUGCGCUCCGAACGCAGCAGCGGUGACGCUAACGUCAUGGCUGGUUCACGGCCAUGACGUAGUUUCCUCUGUUUUCUGAGGAAACUAAAGCAACCGUCGCUUCCUGGCAGCAUCUUUGCCACACACUACCAUACCACGGCAGAGAUGGAGUCGAUGCUCUGCGUUUCGGGGGGUGGCAGACACACAGGCCCCUGCAGUGGCUCAUGGAGAGAUUUGAAAGUGUUGUGUUUACUUCCCUCUGUCUAGUGUAUGUUUGGGAGCCUCUACAGGAGAAGGGCUCCACUAUCACACACUCCUCACGCUCAUCUCCAUACACGUUUUUGGGUCGUCUAUCAUCCAGCAAUCAGUAAUGCAGAACCACCAGGCUGGUAAAUUAGUUUUUGCUUAAAGCCGACAAAACCCCUCACUGGCCUUAGUUUAUUUCACUGGAUAUGUUUUGUCAUUCAUUCAAUAAAAAAUUUUAAAAAAUU